UUUUUCACUUAUUUUUCUUUGGUCUCCAGGGACAAUCAGACUAGACAAAUACAAGAUGCUGUUUCAAAUGUGGAAAAACAUUUUGGUGAAUUGUGCCAAAUAUUUGCUGGAUAUGUACGUAAAACUGCCAGACUACGAGACAAAGCAGAUCUUCUAGUAAAUGAAAUAUAUGCAUAUGCAGCCACGGAGACACCAAACUUAAAAGUUGGACUGAAAAACUUUGCAGAUGAAUUUUCCAGACUUCAGGAUUAUCGCCAGGCAGAGGUUGACAGGCUUGAAGCCAAGGUUGUUGAACCUCUGAAAAGUUACGGGACCAUAGUGAAACUUAAAAGGGAUGAUCUUAAAGCAACUUUAACAGCAAAGAACCGAGAAGCCAAGCAAUUAUCUCAACUGGAAAAGACACGUCAGCGGAAUCCAUCAGAUCGACACAUUAUUUCACAGGUGAGUGUUUCAGAAGAGAAAAUAACUGCCAUUGUGCAAACUAUGCAGGUUCUGCAAGUUUAGACAUCUCACUCUACAACAAACAAAUUCCUUUCCCAACACAUCUGCGCACAAAAUCUGGCCCGUCUAUUUAAGAUGGAUUGAGAAGAUAUAUUUGAUUUAUCAUAGAAAUAACAUACUGUAUUUGUAUGUGUAAUGGCUGCUUAUGCAUAACAGCUGCCUUCAUUUACAGAGAGUGACUGAGUGUAGUAAUUGAGAAUACACAAAAAUGUCUUUUCUUGCUCGUUUCCCUCCUGUGUUUUGGGCAAAAUCAAGAAAGGGAGACGAACAUGUGACCUUAUGUACUACUAAAGAUCAUUAACUAGUUUGUUUGCCCAGUUAAUGGCAGAAUUGUGUCUAUGACUUUAAGCCAUUUUUGUAAGGAGAUUGUUUCAA